UCAAAUUAAUUUGCCUGAUAUCCAUUCUCACCCCCAACAUCCUCCUUGCGGCGACCCCUUCAUUCUGCCCCCCUCAUCUUUUUCACUCCGCCGCCGCCGCCUCUACCUCCGCCGUCGCCGUCGCCGUCGUCGUGGUUCCUAACAGUAUUAAUGUCGACAAUAGAUGUCUCUGUCAAGACAGGUUACCAGCCCCCGUCGUCGUCGUUUGUGGAGGAUAAUAAAGCUCCGCUUAUUGAUCUACACUUAACGGACUCGACCGAGCUUUGGCUUAUUCAGUGGCCCAUUAAUCAACCUCCUGAUUUCGACGGUCAACAGCUGUCCCUGAAUCUUAACAGUGAUGGACAUCUCGGCAACUUUGAGGGCUCUUCCGGAAAAUUGUACGACGUGGUCAGUGACAAAUGUCAGGGUCCAGAAACUACCGUUUUCUUAUCUUCACCGUCAGAGGCUAGAAUCGCUGGAAAGAUCUCGAGACGAGUUUCUUUGAUCCACUACCCAGAGCCAAGUGAACUUAAAAAACGCAAUAUCAUCAACUUAAGUCACUCUGCUCGAUCUUCCGUUGUUACAUCGUCCUUGUCAGGUGGUCGUCAUUUGCCAACUCCAACUCGUAGUAUUAAGCCUGGGGCCACACCAAGUAGCAGAAACAAGAAUCCGUUGCCUGAAUCUGCAAAGCCUCUGAAGAGAAAACGAGCCCACGAGCCGAUUAAACCAACGGAUAAUUCUGCCCAAAAUUCAGGAAGAGGAAAUAGCGGGGUUACAACUGUUGAAUCCGCUGAUGAAAAAAAAUCAAAGAAAAAGAAAAUCGAAAGUUAAGGACUUCGUGGGUAUUUUGUUUUGAACAUUUCUUCUUAAUUACCCUGAUUUUGUGGAAGGUGGAUUCGAUCUUGUACCUCGUAAGUCGAGCUUAAGUUGUUUGUUGAAUAUGGGGAAGACUGAAAGUUGUUAUAUAUAAACUGUUGCAGGUUAGUUUGUCUUUAUGUUGAAAAUGAUAAUUACAAGUAUAGAUGUUUUAUUUACUUAUUUUGAAACUUAU